GCACGGUGCUUUGGGCGUGCGAGACGCUGGAAGGGUGUGAGGGAUGGUGCUCAUUAAAGAGUUUCGGGUGGUACUACCUUGCUCCGUAGAAGAGUAUCAAGUAGGACAAUUAUUUUCCGUGGCUGAGGCUAGUAAGAACAACACUGGUGGUGGUGAAGGAAUCGAGGUGCUGAAAAAUGAGCCCUACCAACACGAGGGGGAGCAGGGGCAGUACACUCAUAAGAUCUACCACCUUCAGAGCAAAGUUCCAGGAUUCAUCAAGAUUUUUGCCCCAGAAGGGUCCCUUGUUGUCCACGAAAGAGCCUGGAAUGCCUAUCCUUACUGUCGGACGGUUAUUACGAAUGAGUACAUGAAGGAUGAUUUCUUUGUCAAAAUUGAAACAUGGCACAAACCCGAUUUAGGUGAACACGAAAAUGUCCACGGGCUGGAUGCAGAUACUUGGAAAGAUGUGGAAGUUGUUCACAUAGACAUUGGUGAUCGGACAAACGUAUCAGAUGAUGAUUACAAACCAGAUGAAGAUCCAGCUCUUUUCAAAUCUAUGAAGACUGGCAGAGGCCCUCUCGGCCCUGACUGGAAGCGGGAACUAGCCAAUAAUGAAGAUUGUCCCCACAUGUGUGCCUACAAACUUGUGACUGUGAAGUUCCGCUGGUGGGGCCUUCAGGGAAGGGUUGAAAAGUUUAUCCAAAAGCAAGAAAGACGCCUCUUUACCAACUUCCAUAGGCAGCUCUUUUGCUGGUUGGAUAAGUGGGUGGAUUUAAGCAUGGCUGACAUCCGGCGGAUGGAGGACGAGACGCAGAAAGAGCUUGAUGAGAUCCGCCAGAAGGGCACAGUGAGAGGCAUGACUGUCGGGGAUGAAUGAGUGCCCCCUGCUGCCUAGACAAAGAAAUGACAAGAUGCAGUGCCCGUUCUGACCUGAGAUUGGACCUAUCCUUGUGGGACUCUGCCUUCUCCCUCCUCCUCCUCCUCCUCCUCGUCACCUAGGAAGGGGGAGACGGGUUCUCUCUUUCAUUCCAUCCAUUUGGUCCUAAGAUAUUCCAAGAUGUCCCCGAUUUUACCAACCUGGGGAGCCCCAUGAAACUGCUGCAUAUUACUUACUGAUCAUGGAUUAAUAGGUGUCCUUACCGCAUGAAUGGGAUGUCAAGGGGGACAAGGACCUUU